AUGAAAACAAUGGCAACAAGAAAAAGGUGCAAACUUUCCAGAACAAGCCCAGAUUUUGAAAAUGUGAUAAAGAGGUUAUUGUGUGUCCGAACUUCUCACACAAGAGUUGGAGGAGACUUAACACCAGGAAUAAUAAACAGAGGAACAGCUAAUGUGGAGCAGAUGGCCCUGCGGGGCGACGCUGAGCGUUUCCACAUCUUUCCCCUCGACCUUUGGACACUAGACGACUGAAGUCUGGUUUCUUUAGUUGAAAAUAAAGUUGACGUGACUGGGGAACCUGGAAACACGGCUGGCUUGUUUUCUGGGUGCUUCGCAGACUGA